UGUCUACAAAGGAAUUUACAGUUGUUUUUCUCAGAAUCCAAACAAAAAAACUUCCCAUUUCUAUAUAUAUAUAGGUGUAGAUACAACUGUAUAAUUGGAACAUUCAUUGCUUAUAUACACCACCAACCUUGAUUCUUUCCCUCAUUCAUUUUCAAGCCCAAUUCUUUUUUUCUUUCCAAAUCCUUGUUUUUUGUUAAUUAAAAUGUUUAGCAAUACAAGAACAAACCAAUUCCUUCCAGUCUCCAAUCCCGAUGACUCCUCCAAGGCUCCACUUUUGAAUGGAUCCCAUCCCGUUGGAGACGAGCCCAUCCGCCGGUUACCCAGGAAGGAACUCCUGGUGGUCGUUUCUGGGUUUUUGAUGUUUGCUCUGUUUGUGGCAUUAAUUGUUGCAAAUGUUGGAUCAAACGAAAAUCAUGUUCAGAACAAUGCAAAUGAAAAAGGGUUUAUUUUGUCGUCUUCAACGACGGAGAAAACGACGCCGACUGAGACCCUGAGGCCGCCAACGUCGUCGCGUGGCGUGUCGGCCGGUGUGUCCGAGAAGGCGAACCAGAUUUUGGGCGGAGAAUCGUAUCGGUGGGACAAUAACGUGUUGUCUUGGCAAAGAACAGCUUUUCAUUUUCAACCCGAGAAGAACUGGAUGAACGAUCCCAACGGUCCAUUGUUCUACAAGGGAUGGUACCAUUUCUUCUACCAGUAUAACCCAAAUGGUGCCAUGUGGGGUGACAUAGUUUGGGGCCAUGCAGUAUCCAAGGACUUAAUCCAUUGGUUUCACCUUCCAUUGGCAAUGGUUGCAGAUCGAUGGUACGACUCGAAUGGUGUCUGGACUGGAUCUGCCACAAUCCUCCCUGAUGGCCAAAUCAUUAUGUUAUACACAGGAUCCACCAAUGAGUCUGUUCAGGUGCAAAAUCUCGCGUAUCCUAAAGACCCCUCCGAUCCUCUCCUUGUCAAUUGGGUCAAAUACGAGGGCAAUCCAGUCCUAGUACCACCGCCAGGCAUCGAUGUCAAGGACUUCCGGGACCCCACAACUGCCUGGUAUACAUCGGAAGGGAAGUGGCGUAUGAUUUUGGGGUCUAAGAUUAACAAAACUGGCAUAUCCUUGGUCUAUGAAACAGAGGAUUUUAAGAGUUACAAGCAGCUGGAUAAGGUACUCCAUGGCGUCCCUAACACUGGGAUGUGGGAGUGUGUGGACUUCUAUCCUGUUUCUUUAACAGGUGAAAAUGGAUUAGACACAUCAGCUAAUGGACUUGGAGUGAAGCAUGUGUUGAAGACUAGCCUCGACGAUGAUAAGAACGAUUACUAUGCACUCGGAACUUAUGAUGAAAAGGCUGUUACAUGGGUUCCAGAUGAUCCCAGAAUUGAUGUUGGCAUCGGAAUUAGGUACGAUUAUGGUAUAUUCUAUGCAUCCAAGACAUUUUAUGAUCCAAACAAGAAGAGGAGAGUCUUGUGGGGUUGGAUUAAGGAGUCGGACAGCGAAGCUGCUGAUGUGCAGAAGGGAUGGGCGUCUCUUCAGGGUGUUCCAAGGACAGUGGUGUUUGACAAGAAAACCGGAACCAAUCUUCUUCAAUGGCCAGUGGAAGAGGUAGACAGUUUGAGAUUGAGCAGCAAAGAGUUUAACAGAGUGGAGGUCACAGCAGGGUCAGUUGUGCCAUUACCAGUCAGCAUGGCCUCACAGUUGGAUAUCGUUGCCGAAUUUGAGUUAGACAAGAAGGAUUUGGAGAGAGCAGCUGAAUCCAAUAUAGAGUUCAGCUGCAGCGCUAGCAGUGGAUCGGCUGAACGUGGUGCACUUGGACCAUUUGGUCUUUUGAUUCUUGCAGAUGAAAGCCUCAUGGAGCAGACUCCAGUCUACUUCUACGUCGCCAAAGGAACCAAUGGCACCCUCCGGACUUUCUUCUGCACAGACCAGUCAAGGUCUUCAAAGGCCACUGAUGUCAAUAAGGAAAUCUUUGGCAACUAUGUUCCAGUUUUGGAAGGUGAAAAAUUAUCUUUGAGGAUAUUGGUUGAUCAUUCAAUAGUAGAAGGAUUUGCUCAAGGUGGGAGAACAUGCAUAACAUCCAGGGUUUAUCCAACAAGGGCAAUCUAUGGUGAUGCUAGACUGUUCUUAUUCAAUAAUGCAACAGAGACCAAAGUUACCACCUCACUCAAGAUUUGGGAAAUGAGUUCUGUGCCCAUGAAACCUUAUAUGAGUAACCAUUUGUAGGAAAUGCAAAGAGAAGUGAAAAUUAGUUCUAAGUUGUUGUAGAAUUGUAUAAUGAGUUGCUUUCAUUGCUUUGAUUGGUGUUGUAUAAUUCAUGUAACUUUAUUAUUCUUUAGGCUCUGUUGUGCAAAGAAUUUGAUUACUUGAUUUAAUUCAUCAACUGUCCAAAUAUCUGCUGCUA